UGGGUCUGAGGGUAAAUGACUGAAUUCAUCACAUUUAAAAGACGAAGUAGCUGCGUCUUUUCCCAGAAGCAGCAUCUCAGAGACUUCAAGAUGGAAGAUAAUGAUACAGAGCCAAGGCCCAUGCCCCCGCGAGUGCAGGCUAAGCCUAAAUGUAAAAUCUCAGCUUCAAGGAAACUCUCUCUGAAGAUCCUGCUACUGCAGAGAGCGAUGGAAGACUUGGAGCAGGAGAAGGUGAAUCGAGACGAAGAGAAGGUGCGCUACCUGGGGGAGAAGCUCCCCUCCUUACAAAUGUCUGGCUUUGCAAUGGAAGAACUGCAGAAACUGUGCAAACAGCUUCAUGCACAAAUUGAUGUGGUGGAUGAGGAGAGAUAUGACUUUGAAGCCAAAGUCAACAAGAACAACAAAGAAAUUCAUGAGCUGAAACUGAAAGUACAGGAUCUUGGGGGCAAAUUCAAAAAACCUGCUCUGAGGAAAGUGCGUGUGUCUGCUGAUGAGAUGAUGAGAGCUCUGCUGGGCUCCAAGCACAAGGGUUCUAUGGACCUUAGAGCAAACCUCAAAUCAGUAAAGAAAGAGGACAUUAAACAAGAGAAGGUGCUGACAUCUGAGGUGGGUGACUGGCGUAAGAACGUGGAGGCCAUGUCAGGCAUGGAGGGCAGGAAAAAGAUGUUCGAUGCAGCUGGAGGAGGCCAGUGAGACGCUUGUAUAUUUUGUACGUAUGACUGUGUGCACGUGUAAAAGUGAGGCAAAGGUUAGGAGAAAAAAAACAACCUGUUCUUUGUUUAAGAUUUCCUCAGCAAUCUCAGUUUUACUGGUCACCAUUUAUCGGUCAGCUUUCAUGUCAUUUCUAUCAUCUCGCUAUCAGUUUUUAUUUAAUGCACAAAAAACAAGAUUGAAAAGUUUUUUGUGUGUAUUUUCUGGUAAAGCUGUGGAUGCAAAAAAAAAUAAAAUUCUGGUGUCAUAGCAA